CGAUCUCCAGUCAAAAUCAGCCAGAAACCCAAGAACAUGCAGUGCAAGGUGGCGCUUCUGGACGGCUCUGACUACACCUGCGUGGUGGAGAAGCGUGAUAAAGGACAGGUUCUGUUCGACAAAGUCUGCGAGCAUCUCAAUCUUCUGGAGAAAGAUUACUUUGCUGUCACAUUCCGUGACGUGGAGAAUCAGAAGAACUGGCUGGACCCUUCCAAAGACUUGAAGAAGCAGAUCAGAGGCGUCGCCUGGAAUUUCUCAUUCAACGUGAAGUUUUACCCUCCGGAGCCAGCGCUGCUGUCUGAAGACAUCACCAGAUAUUACCUGUGUUUACAGCUGCGGGAUGAUAUCGUAUCGGGUCGUUUGCCGUGUUCGUUCGCCACACACACGGUUCUGGGUUCGUAUACGGUUCAGUCGGAGCUGGGCGAUUAUGACCCGGAUGAGUACGGUUCCGAUUACAUCAGCGAGUUUCGUUUCGCGCCUCAUCAGACCAAAGAGAUGGAGGAGAAAAUCAUGGACCUGCACAAGAACUACAAAGGAAUGACGCCGGCUGAAGCUGAGAUGCAUUUUCUGGAGAAUGUAAAGAAACUGUCUAUGUAUGGAGUCGACCUUCAUCAUGCAAAGUUGAUAGGACGAUUCUUUCACUGCUUUUCUCCAGCUAAAGGAGAGGAUUCAGAGGGGGUGGAGAUCAUGUUGGGCGUGUGUUCCUCCGGGCUCCUCAUCUACCGCGACAGACUUCGCAUCAACCGCUUCGCCUGGCCCAAAGUCCUCAAGAUCUCCUACAAACGCAAUAACUUCUACGUCAAGAUCCGUCCAGGCGAGUUUGAGCAGUUUGAAAGCACGAUAGGCUUUAAACUACCCAACCACAGAGCGGCCAAGAGGCUGUGGAAGGUUUGUGUGGAGCAUCACACGUUCUUCAGGUUGGUUUCUCCAGAGACUCCGCCUAAGAAGUUCCUCACACUGGGUUCUAAGUUCCGCUACAGCGGCAGAACUCAGGCUCAGACCAGACGGGCCAGUUCCCAGAUUGUCCGUCCGGCGCCGUACUUCGAGCGUUCGACCAGCAAGCGCUACACGAUGUCACGGAGUCUGGAUGGAGCUCGGCGGACGCCAGUCAACACAGCGACAGUCAAUGUAAAUGGCACUAGACCAACAGAGAUGGGUACGGCCUUGUACGGCACGGCCAAAGGCAUUGCCAUGAGUGACCUCAUCACCACGGUAACGCCAGAGAAGAAGGUCGAGGAGAUGCGCGAGGAGGAGCGUGAGGAGGAGUGUGAGGAGACUCGACCGGUGCUGGUGGAGAGUGUGUCGGUGCUGGAGGAAGAGGACGAGAUAACGAAAGCCACGGAACCAUCGCUACCGAGCCCACUGACACCGGCCCGACAGGACACACGGACUGAUCUCACAGACACUGCUAUCGAUGGAGAUUUAACGGCCACCGAGUCGGAUCAGGAGGACGAAUCUGAAGCAAAGACGCAGGAGAUCGAGCAAACGCCAGACGAGCUGCUGAAGCAUCAGACCAACAUCAGCGAGCUGAAGCGCACGUUCCUGGAGGGAGGACCGGAGCGCACGGGGCUGACCGAGUGGGAGAAGCGUCUGUCCUCGUCUCCGCUGCGGUCUCCACGUCUGGACGAAGCGCCCAUGAUCGAGCCGCUGGAGCCGGACGAGCUCAAACAGGAAGCAGUGGUGGAGAUACAGGAAGUGGCCGCAGCCGCUCUGGAGCCGCAGGAGGAGAAGGUUGAUGUGGAGUCUGACGGGUGGGUCAUUAUAAACAAGGUUCCUCCGUUUGAACCAGAUAAACGUCCUCCAGUCAAAGCAGAAACGUUUUCUCGUAAGAUACCAGAGAAGGGUUCCACCGUAGUACAAGAACAACGUCCUCCAGUUGAGCUAGAAAAACCCUCGUCUGCCGAAUCUGAAGAGCUUCCUCCAGAGAAAACUCCUUCUAAGCUUCCAGAAAAGGUUUCUACCAUAGUACAGGAGACAUUUCCUCCAGAAAAACCUUAUUUGUUUGAAUCUGAAGAGGAUUCUCCAAGGAAAACUCCUUCUAAGAUUCCAGAAAAGUUUCCUCCAGAAAAACCAUUGUCCAUUGUAUCUGAAGAGGUUUCUCCAAGGAAAACUCCUUCUAAGAUUCCAGAAAAGGUUCCUCCAGAAAAACCCUUGUCCAUUGUAUCUGACGAGUAUUCUCCAAGGAAAACUCUUUCUAAGAUUCCAGAAAAGUUUCCUCCAGAAAAACCCUUGUCCAUUGUAUCUGAAGAGGAUUCUCCAAAGAAAACUCUUUCUAAGAUUCCAGAAAAGUUUCCUCCAGAAAAACCCUUGUCCAUUGUAUCUGAAGAGGAUUCUCCAAAGAAAACUCUUUCUAAGAUUCCAGAAAAGUUUCCUCCAGAAAAACCCUUGUCCAUUGUAUCUGAAGAGGUUUCUCCAAGGAAAACUCUUAAGAUUCCAGAAAAGAUUCCUCCAGAAAAACCCUUGUCCAUUGUAUCUGAAGACGUUUCUCCAAGGAAAACUCCUUCUAAGAUACCAGUAAAGGUUUCUACCAUAGUACAAGAAACUUUUCCUCCAGAAAAACCUUCUUUGAUUGUAUCUGAAGAGUUUUCUCCAAAGAAAAUUCCUCCGAAGGUGCCAGAAAAGGUUUCUACGGUGGUCCAAGGAAAGGUUGAACCCAUAAAGGUUCCUUCUAUUGGUUCUUCAGAGCAUGUUCCUCCUAAAGUACCACCAAAAGUCCCCCCGAAGGUUCCAGAGAAGAAACGCAUCGCCAGCUACAGAUUCACAUCCGCCUCGAGCACGGCGUCGUCCCGUGAACCUCCAGAAGAUAAACUCACCGGAUCUCUAGAGGGUUUCUCCGUUGUGUCCGAGCAGAUCAGUAAGACGCGUCUCCGCUCUCCUGUGGACCUCAGCAGAACGUCUCCGACGGCUCGAGUGCCUAAGCCCAAUUUUGAUGAGAUGUCUCCUGAGCUCACGGCACUCUUGCAGUCCACUCGCAGCUGGACUCCGUCUGCGUCUCCCGCUCCGAUCACGCAGACAAUCGCAUUACACAAGCCAUCAGAGAGUCCAGAGAGUCAUCCGGCUGAAGAAGAGGAUCAGCAGCCGCCGGCAGAGGAACUUCAGCCUCAGUCAGGUGUGGUGAGUUUCUCCAGGACUCUGUCAGGAGACACGGACACACAGAUCCACACGGAGAUGAAGACCAUCACAUACGAGUCCCUGCCGGGCGAGACGGAUGGAGACGCUGAUCCUGGCAUUCUGCUGAGCGCUCAGACCAUCACAUCAGAAACCACCAGCACCAGCACCACCACACACAUCACCAAGGUACUGACCGCUGCUGCGUUACUGACCAUCAGAACCAUCCACGUAACGGCUCUGUGUGUGUGUGUG